AUGUGGUUAGCUCACUGGUACUUGAAUUGCUAUUUGGAAGCGACAACCCUUGCAGCUAUUGAGAAGAUUUGUGUCAGUGAACUAAGUGACAACUUUCUUGUGGUUAUGAUUCCCACAGAGUAUGAUUUGCUUAUAGCUAGCGCUAGAAAGAAUGAAAUCAUCACUGCUUUUGUUGAAGCUUAUGGACCUGAGGUCGUUUCUUCCAACAGCAAAUCAUUUACAUUUCAUGUUACUUAG